UUCCGCUCUCUCGCGCGCGGUCGCGCCGCGCGCCGCUCGCUCGCUCGCCACCUCCCGCCCUUUUUAAACCCACCACCACUCGCAAUUUCGCCUCCCCACCACCACCAACGCCAACACCACCGCCGCCGCUCCCCCGCCUAACACGGCCACGCGCGCUCAGGUGAGCAGCGGAGCUAGCUUACCUCGCUACGGCACGGUGCGACGCGAGACGCCGCGCCACGCGUUGUUUCAGGGAGGAGUACUACUGCAAGCAGGGCGGCGGCGCCGGAGGAAGGGAGGCGGUGGGGGGGGGGGGGGGUCGUCUCUUGGGCGAUGGGUUCGUCCACGGACCACGGCGGCGCCGGCGGGAGGGGCAAGAAGGGGUCGGGGUCGCAGCUGUGGAAGAAGGCGCUGCUGCAUUCCAGCCUGUGCUUCGUCAUGGGCUUCUUCACGGGGUUCGCGCCGUCGUCCGUGUCGGACUGGACGUCCGCGGCCGUGUCGGCGGGCGGGGUGGGGAGCAGCCACGUGGUGAGGUCGCUGCACGCCACGGGCGGGGCGGCCGUCAACCGGAGCCUUCUGGCGCAGGCCGCCGCCGGCGCGGUGGACGCCGGGCCGCAGCCGCUGCUGGUGGUGGUCACGACGACGGAGUCGACGCCCUCGGCGGCCGGGCAGCGCGCGGCGGCGCUGACGAGGAUGGCGCACACGCUGCGGCUGGUGCCGCCGCCGUUGCUGUGGGUGGUGGUGGAGGCCAACCCGGACGUGGCGGCCACCGCGCGGCUGCUCCGCACCACGGGGCUCAUGUACCGCCACCUGACGUACAAGGACAACUUCACCGUCGCCGACGCCGCCGCGGGCAAGGAGCGCCACCACCAGCGCAACGUCGCGCUCGGACACAUCGAGCACCACCGCCUCGCCGGCGUCGUCCUCUUCGCCGGCCUCGGUGACACGUUCGACCUCCGCUUCUUCGACCAGCUCCGGCAGAUCAGGACAUUCGGCGCGUGGCCGGUGGCAACGAUGUCGCAGAACGAGAGGAAGGUGGUCGUCCAGGGCCCAGCGUGCAGCUCCUCCAGCGUCGCUGGCUGGUUCUCCAUGGACCUCAGCAACGCCACCUCCCCCGUCGCCGUCGGCGGCGCCGGCUACGGCGCCGCCGCGGCGAGGCCACGCGAGCUGGACGUCCACGGCUUCGCGUUCAACAGCUCGGUGCUCUGGGACCCCGAGCGGUGGGGCCGGUACCCGACCUCCGAGCCCGACAAGUCCCAGGACUCGGUGAAGUUCGUACAGCAAGUGGUCCUUGAAGAUUAUAGCAAAGUGAGAGGAAUUCCUUCAGACUGUUCAGAGGUUAUGGUAUGGCAUGUCAACACGACGCCGCUACCUUCUUCGCAACCGUCUCCUCAGAACAAGAGGUGAUAGAACGAUGAGCUGUAGAAGAGACUGGACGAGCCGGAGGAGAGGAGGGUGUACAUUGUACAUGCAUGGUUACAACUUGAAGCUGCUGAUUUCCUACUAGCUGCAAAGAAGGAAAAAAUUUUGGUUUUCUUUCCAAGGGAUUGAUUAAUCUCCCAUGGGCGAUAUCAUCAUAAUGUACAUUUUUUUUACUAUUCUUUGAAAAUUGUGAUAUAUGUAUAAUCUCUUCUCUGUUUUUUUUUUUUGCUUCAAGAGGGUUUAGGUGAUUACACACAACAACCCCUCGGAGUGUCUCUCUUGAGACUAAAAUGAAUAGUUCAAAAAUCCACUUACAAUGAAAAAGGACCGUGCUUUCUUCUUA